UGUCCAGAAAAGAAACAAAAAAGCAAGCGCAAGCAAGCGAGUCAAUCGCUUUUUAUCAGUUUCAGUUUAAUUUUUCUUUUCUAUUUUUGUUUAAAUUAAAAUGCAAAAAUCAUAAUGUAAUUAUUUAAACAAGGAAAACGAAACAGUCAACACCAAAAUUAAAUAAGAUAGUGUAUUAUAUAUAAAACCCUUGAAUAAAUUGGAGAAUUCUGUUAAAUUACCGAAGAACGAUGUGUUUAAAAGUUAAAACCCUUGAAAAAAUUGCAAGAAAUUUUCUACCUGAGAAUAUUGUUUAAUUAAAAUUAAAAAAAAAAACAUUCAACCAACUUAAAAAUUGUUAAUUAAUAAGAAUAGUGUUGAUUCAGCAUAAUUGAGUCAAAGAGUCGGCCAUAUUUUAUCCCUUUGCCUAUAAAGUUACAGACAAGAAUUAUGUUAAAUUAGCGAAGAACGUGACGCCAAAAUUUUUGCAAAUAUUAAAAAAAAAACGUUCAACCAACUUAAAAUUGUUAAUUAAAAUGAGGACAGUGUAAGUUUAGCAUAAUUUAGUUAAAAAGAGUCAGCCAUAUUUCUCCUCUUUGUCUAUAAACUUUACAUACGCGACCUCAACGUGAAUCAACAAGUCUAAACGUGUUUUUUAAUUGCUCCAAACACCACGAAAUGGCUGAAACUUCAUCUUUCGAGGACGAAAUUCUCGCCCUUAAUCCUGAAUAUGAUUUGGUUUUCAGUAAAUACAAUGAAAAUAAUAAUUCGGGAAGCAACUCACCCAACGCCCUGGAACCCAACACGCGAUGGAGUUCUCAACAUAAAAUGAAGAUCAUAUCAAAAAUGAACGAAAUUAUCAAUGCCAAACCAAUCGGUGAGUUGCCAACCCAACACGACUGGGAUGACCAACAAUCUGCCGAAAUGGAAACAAUAACUUUGAUGCGAAAACUCGGCCUGGAACAGAGUGUCGAUAAGCCGCCAGACGAGAAGCGUACUAUCUCCACAAUUCCUACGAGCGAAGAUGUUAUCUUCAUGAAAAACGGUAGAAAAAAGAUGUCCAUAUUCAUGGCCGAUGCCUAUUUCGAAUUGAAGCCAAGAUCGGAGCCGUCGUUUGAUUUGGACGAGGGUGUAGAUGCUGCACCAAACGAAGAAUCCACCACAUCCGAUUUCUCGGAAGAUGUAAAUUUUUAUCAACCCAUAUUCGAGUCCAGUGUGGAAACUGAAUGCACAUCGCUGUCUGAAGCCGAGCCAGGCGAUAGAAUUCAAUCUAGAUUGGGUUGCGAUCAUCUGAAUGAAAGGAAUUUGGACUCGACCAGACUAAAAUCGCAGCGAAAAUCUUCCGGAAAUAAAUGCGUCGUCAACGACGCUCGUAGAUCAUACCCACGGGAUGGUAGCAAAAAAGGAUUUAACGACUCCAAAUCCAAUAGCAGCAGCAGCAGCAGUAAUAGAAGCAGUAAAAGCUGGCGCAGUCUCAACGGAAGCUUCUCCGAUGUGCGCGAUGAAAAGAACUGGCGUCUAAAUGUUUCCAAGGAUACAGAACCAGAAAAAGACGAAGUAAAGAAACAACUACAAUCAGAGGAACAAAAGGAGGAUUUGAUUUUGAAUCAAACAGUUACUCUCAGCAAAGAAACACCGAAGUCCGAUGUCGUGAGCAGUUGCGGGAGAACGCUUUACAAACCAAAGGAUCUGUUUAUGAAAAAGAAGGCGAUGAUGAUACAACAGAAUUGAAUAAUUAUAAGAACUAAAAAAAAAAAAAAAACAUUGUAUCUACAUUAAAUAACAUCAAUCAAAUGAAACUACUAUCAACAUUUCAUCAUUUAUUGGUUCUGUAAAAAUCUAAACAAAAAACUUAUUAUGUAUAAUGAACUUUGCUUUGUUCAAUGAAAAAUGUAAUAAUAUUAUGUCCAUUGUAAAAUAUAUAUUUGUAAAAAUUGGAUGAAAUUAGGAUACAAAAAAUAAACAAAUUAAUAUUUUAAUUUUGCAUCAUAUGUUGUUUCAAAACAUCAUUCUCAAAUUUGUCAUAUUCAAUUUUUCAAAAAUAUGAUAAUUGGUUUAAAAAAAAAUAUAAAUUCUAUGUGAAAUAAAAUUUUAACUAAAACAGGCAAAAACAAUAAAUUAAGAUGAAUUUAAGACAAGAUAUGUUUAAACUUUUAAGUGGAAUAUGCAAUAUGCCUUAACUUUAUCAAUAUCCAGAAAAUGUUUAUUAAAUUAAUAAAAAAAUAUUAUUUUAUGUGAAAUUUGUAAGUAUCAUUUCAAAAAACUUAUGAAACAAACAAAAAUAUUUACCUAAUAUUUAAAAUAUAAAACUUUGAGUUCUUUAAUAAUAAUCCAAAUAAUAUUUGUCAAACAAUCUGUGUGAAUACUUAUCGGAAUUUCCAAUGGUAAGGUAAUAUAAAUUGGUUGAUUUUUGAUCUAGAUCAGUGAAAACAUAAAUUUCCCCUGUUUUUACUUUCCAUGGGACACAAUAAAUUGGUUUAUUUUUGAUUUGAGAUCAAAUGUUAAGUUGGAAAUUUGACAGCUCUACCGCGCGAUUGAACUUUUUCUUUAGCGAAAUAAGUUUUUUUUUUUUAAAUCAUACCAAUCAAAUGAAACACGUCUUGUUCGUUGUGACGAUUGGAGUCAACUCUCUUUAUUCUUACACUUAUUUUGUCACCUGAAUUAUGUUUUUAAUAUUAUGCUUGUCAGCAAAGUAACCAAGAAAAACAAAACGGUGCGUCUGGAACGUGAAGGAAUGUGCAGAUUGUUGCAGUUUAAAUGCAUUCGAAUUAAAAGUAUACACUAACAUAUAUGUGGCCCACGCGUUAACGCUCCACUAACAAUGAAAGAAAAAGUUACAAUCGUGUUCCAUGCGCCACGAAAAAAAAUCAAUUUUUGAUGGAAAUCUGACUUUACUUAUGGAAAAUCCCGUUAGAUAUCAUAUGGAAUGAGUUGGAUGACCUUAUUGAUAUAGCUGUCAAUAAAUUUAAAAAAAAAAACAACUUUCAACUGUUUACAAUAAGCAAGUAAACAUUUAAAUUUCGAGGUCUAAAAUUAUUGUAAAAUACAAUUUUCAAUUUUUGAUUUUUAUAAUUCAUGGAUUUUCAAAGAAAAUAUAAACAUUUGAAUUCAA